GAUUAUUGUACAUGCGUUCGACUUCGCCCUGUGCAAGCAUGUCACCCGAGGGUCCGUAAGGAAAUUUGCACGCAUGUGUGCUCUUGUGGAUGCUAACAAUUGCAUUACGAAAGGAACCGCCGUUCAACGUGCGAUAUCGAUGUUUGGUUGUUCAUUAUCGAUCACGAACAAGCGUCAUGUCAUGGACUUUCUGGGCGUGAUCUUAUGAGUUGAUUAGGGCUAAGGCGAGUGUGACAAAGGCUUAUGGGUUUUAUAAUUUCACCGGCAAUAGUCAUCUUUCCCGCUUCGUCGCCAUGGAGAGGAUUCUUCGAGGAAUAAUGAAGUAUCGAAUCACGGACCGCGUUACCAUGGUUGAACAAUUCAAACAAGUCCGCGACAACCCACAGCCUAAAGCUGUAUUCUUUACAUGCAUGGACAGUCGCAUGAUACCAACACGGUUCACAGAAAUGUGUGUUGGAGACAUGUUUGUGGUUAGAAAUGCAGGAAAUCUUGUUCCUCAUUCUCAGAGUUUUGUGGAUGAAGUCACUACUACUGAACCUGCAGCUCUUGAACUGGGUUGUAUUGUCAAUAACAUACGACAUGUAAUUGUUUGCGGCCACUCUGAUUGUAAAGCAAUGAAUCUACUACAUUCUCUUCGAUGUGAAGAGUUUUCCUCUCAAAACAAUCUGCGUUUGUCUCCUUUAAGAGGCUGGCUUAUGAAUCAUGGUCACAUGUCUCUUGCAAAGUAUCAGCAGUUGGAACUCGAAGGUUUCUGUGCACCCUUGGUAUUCCAAGCUGAAACACCAAUGAGAAAAUUUGUUGCUUACAUAGAUCCUGAAAAUAGAUUUUCCAUUGAGGACAAACUUUCACAGGUGAACUGUUUGCAACAACUGCAAAACAUUGCCAGCUAUGGGUUUCUAAAAAGAAAACUUGAAACUCAUCAAGUGCAUAUUCAUGCAUUAUGGUUUGAUAUUUACACAGGAGAUAUAUUCUAUUUUAGUCGUCAAAACAAACGCUUUGUAGAAAUAAAUGAAGAUACAGUUGAGAAACUUUUAAGAGAAGUAAAUCGUUACUACUCUUGAAUGAUUGAAGGUCAAAAUGCUAAAAUGAUAUCUGUCGAAAGGAAGUGAAUUUUGGGAUUCAAAUAAUGAUUUUUGUAGACAAUUAGAAUCAGCCCAAAUGUAUUGACAUAAUUUUUGUUUGGGAGGGGAAAAAAGUCACAAAUAUACAAAAAGAGAAAGAAAAAAAGGUACAUUUUUCAGACCUAAACUUCUGCAUACUUUAUUAAUCUUUACAAAUUUGUAGUGUAUAUAAAAUAGCAGCAGUAGCUAUUUUGAAUAUUGUGAACACACAUGCACUGAGAAAUUCUGAGAUGGUCCACAUAGUGUGUAAGGCCAUCUAAGCUUCCUGUAUCAUUGUGUGUAUGCAUCCUAGCUUUUAAAUGACUGUAAACUUGAAGUUGCUGCAGAUGGCUGUGAUUUUAAUAACGUUUUUGUAUACUUUUGUUAUUACCAUUCGAUUUUUAUAUCAUAAAUUAAUUGAGAGUCAACAUUUUUGGGGUGAUUAUUUUUGGAUUUGAUAUACAUAUUGUAUUGGACCAAAAAAAACAAAAAUGUAAAUGGCAUUUAACUAAGAUAUAUUGUGGUUUUGUUAUUUCAUUUCCAGAUCUAUUGGUCUGUAUGAUAUUGUGCAUUAAACAGACAGACUACAGUAAACAGGUCCACACGUCCCACAAGUCCACUUAAUAAUGUUCACAAAUCAGAAUGUACAAUAAGCAAGAAUCUACAAAUAUGUUUUAAUGUCUAGUUCUUUUUAUUCAUAAUAUAUUGUCUUCAUUAAUAGUGACAAUCAUUACAAAGUAGUAAUAGAAAUAACAAUUGCAGUAAUGCAAUAUUCCAAAUUGAACAAAUUUAGCCACAAAUCUUAUUAUAAAUAUAAAGAAGAAAAAGUAAUGAUUAACAUCCCCUUAAAAACAAAUGUCUAACAAGUCAAUGGAACAAUGGAGAAGUAAUGAGGUACAAAGUUAUAAGGACAACAACAUGCAACAGAAUCUACCUGCCCUGCCAUAUCACUUGAAGCUUCAUUCAAACAAUGCAGUAGAAUAAAAUUAAAAAUACGUAAGUGGACAUUGUGUUUUACUGGACAUGUAAGUAAGUGAACAUUUUGGCAAUGGACAUACAAAUAACUCCUAAUGAAAUGGAUAUUUAUACUAAUGAACAUUCCCAAAAAUGGUCAUUUUUCAAAGGACAUUUUGCUGUGAACCAAUUGUCUGAUAAUUGUUACUUGUGUGCCAUUAAUACUUAAAAUCCAACAAGAAGUUUAGAAAGCUACUUGUUAUAACUAUUAAUUGUUGCUUACAAUUUUUUCUUAUGUAUUUUUUGUGCAAAUGAUCAUGUCACAAUAUUGAACAAUAUAGGUAUGUAUUUUAGGAUGCAUCAAUGAUUUUCACCCGAGAAGAAUACUACUUCAGAGGCACUCAUGGUGAUGGUGAAAAAGUUUUUGUUAAUGUGCUUUGGAAUCUCUGAUAAACAUUAUUUAUAUGUAUCUUGCAUGGAGCUUUUUAUUAAAACAUAAGCUAAUAAUACAUGCUAGGUCUACUGGAGCUGUGAUAAUAAGUGCUUGUUCUAAAACAUGACAUUUAAUUACCAAAGAUGCUAGUGUCAAUUGCUUUUUUAUAACAACACAUUGUUUUUUUUAAAUAUGAAAGUGAUGACCCACACUGUACUAACAACUUAGUUCCUCUAAAUGUUUGUAAUUGUCUUCCAGUAGAGUAAAUAUUAAUAAUAUCUGUAUAUUUUCUCUUAAAAGAAUAUUUUGAUAAUUGUAUUAGACUAGAAGCAUAGUUUAUUUUACUACCAAUGUGCCGCGUUAAAAUUUUCGGCAAACUCAAUUACAGUUUUGGAUAUUAAUGCUUUCCCAAAAGGAAAUAGAAAUCAAGACUAUUGGUAAACAUUCCUUCAUUCUAUGUGUUUGUUGGUAGCUAGACAUAUUUUUAUAGAUAGAUUAUACAUUUUGUAACAAAUAUUUCUACUUAAAAAUAUUCUAUUUUUUGCAGUACUUCUGAGAUAUAUGUAUAUACUAUUUAUAUUAUUACAUGUUAACUAUGUGUGAUAAAGAGUUAAAAAAAAAUUGAUGGUGCUUCAAUUAUUUGUUAGAAUUAAGUGCACUUGUCAUUUAUUGUUCUUUUUUAUGUGAUUUGUAAGGGCUAAGAAGUGGAUUAAAAUUGAGAUGUGAUUUUAUUUGGAAAAGUGAUACUAAUCCCCUUUGAUCUUUAUAUCAAUAUCUCUUUAUAAAUUCAAAAUUAUAGAAAUAUUGAUCUUAAUUUGGGAUUUUCAUCACAUAUAGAAAAAGGGUUACAUCACUAAAGAAAUUCAACGCUACAUUAUGUGAUUCAAAGAUGGCUCCAGGAGGAGGUGGGACGAAGAUCACCAUCUUUAGAAUUUAUAACAUUAAAAAUUGUAUUCAGAAAAGUUUUAAAUAAAUAUGCUUCAAAUUUAUACAUAGGUAUUAAAUAUAUAAAUAUA